AUGUAAUAUAAUUCAAAGAAAAACGCUAUAUUAGGGAUCAUACUCUUUUCAAUUUACAUAAUAAUAGAUUUAUUGAUUGAUGAGACAUUACUUUAAUACACAUACAAAUUGAUAUUUUAUUUGAAGAAUCCAAUCUUUAUUGAAACUAGCUAUAUGAUAAAAUCUUCUUCAUUAUUGUUAUGUGAAAUAAUAUUACUUUACUUAUAUCUGAGUUUCAAUAAAAAAUUAGAUGUGCUUUUAUUAAUAUUAUUCAGCUGUGUUUUAACAGGAACACAUGCGUUUUUAAAAGAAAUUUAUAAUGAAGGUAGACCUUAUAUGUUAAAUUCUGAUGUUAAAACGUAGUUAUAUCCUAUUAAAUUAGUUUAGAAUGUAUUGCUGAAUUAGGAAAACCUUCAGGUCAUGCUAUUUGUAUAGUUUCGUAUAUGAUUUCAAUCUAUUUUGCUGAUUAUUUUGAAAACGAAGUAGAAACUAAAGUAGAGAAAAGAAUAGAAAGGAAAGUAGAAAUGAAGUUUCCACUUUUGAAGGCAAUUCUAUAUAGUAUAAUAGCUUUGAUAGUUUGUUUAUCGAGAGUAGUUUUAGGAGUACACUCUCUUGGAUAAGUUAUAUAUGGAAUAGUAUUUACUAUUUGUAUGUAUAUGAUUUACUUGGGUGUGAUACAUAAAAUUAUGAAAAAGUAAUAACAACAUAAAAUAAAUUUAGAUUCAUUAAUAAACAUAUCAAAUUUGUUAGUCAUAAAUUAACAUUGUUUACAGCUUGUUUAUUUUUAGUAUUUUUAACACUAUCUUUAUCAGCAGAUUUAUAUUCUAGAAAUUAGUUUGCAAAGAAUCCAGAAUUAUAUUAUAAAUUUAUGGAUGCAGUUUAAAAAUGUAGAGAAAAUAAUGGAUUAGAAAAAUUAAAUGAUGAGUUUGGAUUCAUACUUUAAAGAUAAACAUCUCAUUCUUAUGGAUAUUAUUUUAUAGUAAUAGGAGCAUUAUUAGGUAUGUCGAAAUAUAUACUUUUUAGGAUUCGUUGUUUUUAGAGGUGCUUAUGAAGAAGGAUUAUAUGAAACAUAAGCGAAAUUAAGAACUAGAUUGACUUUGUUUAUUAGAAUUAUGAUUUUCUACUUAAUGGUAUUUUUAAUAUAGUAUGGAAUGGAUUACUAUGAACCAGAAUAAUAUGAAUCAUAUCUAUUAAUGAUUGUAGUUGGUCAUAUAAUCUUUGGUUUCUCUGUAACUUUAAUCUACCCAAUGUUAAUGUAUAUAUUGGGAUGGGAAAUUUACGGUAGUAUGCAAUGUGUUAAUAAAUCUAAUUUAUUAACAGAAUAUUCUAACAUAUGGGAAUAUGAUAGUUUAAUUUCAGAAUGA